AUGGCGGAGGAGCCCGGUGAGGCGGAGGCCCCGCGCGCGGGCGUGGAAGCGGGCCCGCGGGCCAGAGGGGCGUCUUCGCGGCGCCAGCUGCUGCUGCCCGCGUCGUGGCUGUCGCCGGCGGGCGGCCUCCCGGCGGAGCUGGGCUGCUGGUUCCCGGCGCUGGAGGUGCUGGACGUGAGCGGGACGGGGCUGUCGGUGCUGGGCCCGGAGCUCCUGGGCCUGGCGCGGCUCCACACGCUGCUGGCCAAGAACAACCGCCUGGGCGCCGCCGGCUCCUUCCCGAAAGGCCUGGCCGGCGCCCCGCUCAGCCGCUCCUUGCGCGUCCUCAACCUGAGCGGCAACCGCUUCACUCGCCUGCCCGCCUCGCUCCUGGGCCUGAGCCGCCUGCAGAGCCUGAGCCUGGGCAGCAACCGCCUCCAGGGCAUCCCCCCGGCCAUACAGGCCCUCAGCAGUUUAGAGUUUUUAUAUCUUGGAGGAAAUUUCAUUACUUCAAUUCCACCAGAGUUAGCAAACCUGCCUUCGCUAAGUUAUCUAGUCCUGUGUGAUAACAAGAUACAGAGUAUUCCCCCUCAAUUGGCACAGUUGCAUUCCCUGCGGUCCCUUAGCCUUCACAAUAACCUGCUUACAUACCUUCCUCGGGAGAUCCUCAAUCUAGUUCACCUUGAAGAACUGAGUUUGCGUGGGAACCCUUUAGUUGUGCGAUUUGUCCGUGACUUGACCUACAAUCCUCCAAGUCUCCAGGAACUGGCUGGACGCACCAUUAAAACCCGCAAUGUUCCCUUUCUUCCUAGUGAUCUCCCAGGAAAUCUGCUCCGAUAUUUGAGCCUGGCCAGCAACUGCCCCAAUCCUAAAUGUGGAGGAGUCUAUUUUGACAGCUGUGUUCGACAAAUCAAAUUUGUCGACUUCUGUGGGAAGUACCGCGUUCCGCUGAUGCACUACCUUUGUUCUCCAGAGUGUUCUUCCCCCUGCAGUUCUGCAUCUCAGAGCUCUAAUUCCCAGAGUGAAUCUGAUUCAGAAGAUGAAGCCAUUGUUGCUGCACGCAGGAUGCAGAAAGUUCUUCUGGGAUAAGAAGAAGAGGAAGAAGGAGGAGGAGGGAAAAGACUAGAAGCAAAAUCAUGUUAGAAAAGCAGUUGAGGAAGCAGAAUGCCUGAUGCUCUGUGCAGGGGACAUCCUUGAAAUCUUACCUUGACCUGUCUUUACAGAUCAUGAAAAAUGUAUCUGGGCUGGAAAAGCAUAGAAUUGCUUGGGAUAGUGCACUGCAUGCCUUUUUGGGGGGAAAGCUGGCAGAGGGACGUUUAUGAAGGUAUGCUGUCUUGGAGAACACUGUGGGGUUUGAGAUGUCAGAUGCCUCCUUUUCCUGUUAAAAGGGUGACUAGAGCAGUUCACGAUCGAAACUGGAUAUGAAGUGGACCAUUUUUACUCGCUGCGAUAAAACAUAAAUUAUGUAAGGGUGCAGGGCCAGAGUGCCCCAGUGUUAGCAUCUAUUAUACUUGAACAUUCUUUCUGUUGAGGUGUUUGGCCUCUAUAUAUUUAUUUUAAUAUUCCUCCAGAGUACAAAAAUACCUUAGAUUUUGAUGUGUUCUUCUUUGUCGAGCUUCACUGCCUAUGACCAGUGUUCUGUUGUAGCAAUAGAACUAUGCCUUUAUAACAGCCUCCCCCAACCUGCUGCCAUCCAGGUGGUUGGGGCUGGAUUUCCCAGGAUUCCUGACCAUUGGCCAUAUUGGCUGGGGCUUAUGGGAAUUGAGGUCCAAAAAAUCUGGGAGUCACCAGGUUGGGGAAGGCUGGUUUACAAUGCAUUGCUUUGCAGUGCAACAUUAGUGCCUUCUUUGGACUUGUUCCAAUUUUCAUUAUAGCUGUUGCCUCAGUGCCCAAAGUACAGACUAUCCAUGACAUUUUAUAACUGAACUUCAGCAGUUUUUCCCUAUGCAACUGUGUUCUAAAUUUAUCUGCAGCAAAUUAAUCAUUUGCUAACAUCUUGAUUCUUAUACACCCAGGUGCCAUUAUUUGUCCCAUGUUUUACUAUGGACAAUAUUUGUUCAGAUCUACUUAUUUUAAAUUGCAACACUUCGUGUAAUACAAAUACUUUGUAUCUAUAUGUCAGAAUAGACAUUGUUAACAAUACUUUAAAGUUUCCCAUUCCCUUCACGGCUAAUUUAUUAAUGCUAUACCCUUGAUCUUUUCUUGUCUUGUAACUCAUGAUUUGCCUUUCUCAUGUAUGCCUUGCCUUCUAUAGGGGCCCUGCCUGAAUCUUCUCCAUUUCCGUGUUUCUUUGUCAUAUUGGAGAUAGUGUCAUGUACAACAUGGAAGCACCUAGCCUCUGUAGAAGCUUAAGAAAAUAAAACUUCAAAAUGUUACAAAA